CGGUCUAUUCUACUUUGAUAUAUUGAUAUAAUCUAGAUGUGAGUUGAUUGUAUACAUUGAUGUCCAAAUUGAGUGGCAAUUUAAACUAUCGACAACUGUUGAUGCGGACAAAUCAUCGAUUCAGUUUGAUGGGCCGCAUAUUGACUAAACAGAAAGUCACCAAGCUCGGUGUUGUGUGAUGAUUGUAACUAAGUGAUUGUACUCUGUAUAGUGAUUGAAAAGGUCAUAAAAAUGUAAGAAUUGACACAACUGUGGUAGUCUAUAGGAUUUACAGCUUUAAUUCAAGCCAAACAUUCAGAUAUUGUCAAUCUUGAUUCUUUUAGGGUUAGAUAUCCCAGCCCUAUAUUAAUGCCGACAUUUGUCCCUGAUAUGCGGUAAUUAGCACAGCAAUAAUGUAUAAAAAUAUUCUAAUCGAUAGCUGUGAUGAUUAUAAAAGCAGGCUCGUUGACCUCCAAUAAUACAUACAUAGUUAUACUUGAUCAAAUGAAAUUCACACACAUCUCAGUCUUUACAAUUGCAGCCUUGGCCACCAGUGUCCAUGCCAUUUUGCCACAAUCCAGCGAGACAAUCGAAUCUGCUGAUCCAAGUCCAAGUCUAAAUAGCGAAAGUGUUCCACAAGCAACAGGUGGUCCGGAAUUUCCGAGUACUUCAACAACUCAAGGUCCUGGUGGCAGCCAAGGUGAUCAUCCAAACCAGACUCCCAGAGUUCGUCUAAAGUCUUUCAAACUCGGAACUCUUUUAUAUAGUAUUGGACAAGGACGCAAAUCUGGUCAUCAAAAAACUAAAACGCACCAAGAUGAGCAGAAUAACUCGAUUGAUUUACUCUUAGAAUCGCUUUUAAAGUUACCGCAAUUUUCACACUCGAAUGAUCACGACGGUGCUUAUGGAUCUGCAGAGUACGUUCAAGGCAAAUCAAAGCAACACAAGCGUGUUGAUAAAGUAAUAGCGAAAGGCAUUAAUGCUGAAAAAGAUUAUCGAGAAAGCAGGGCUAGAGCAUAUGUAUCCUAUUACUGCUCACAUCUUGACAUGUACGAAAAAUGGGUCAAAGAUUUUCUAAAUUCCCUUGGUAGAUUUAAACCCAGUGGACCAGUAUCCGAGUUUGUCGAUGAGCUUGUGUGGAUUUUAAAAGAGUUUCUGAAGAUGAUCAAAGCACUUCGAGAAGAAAUUUACGAGAUAAUGGUCCGUUUAAACAAGGAUCCAAGCCUGUUUGAAGGGGCAAUUAAAACUAUACUCAAUCUAGCUGAUCAAUUUAUGAGCAGACAAACGGAUCUACAACAACUACUCGAAGAAUUAUUUGAGCGUUAUUCUAGAAUUGACUGGUAUCGCGAACAUCUUGAACCAGAGUUGGGUUCAUGGUCCGAAAGGUUUAGAGCAACAAUUAAAAAAUACAAUGCACAAAAUGCAAGCAAUGCAUAA